CGGUUCCCGAGCUGCUCAGACAUUUUGCGAGAAUGGAGGUAUCGGAGAACAAGGACUUUGACUACGCGAUGAAACCGUUGAGAAUUCUAUCGUGGUGUAUGGGCAUUUGGCCUCUUCAAGUGUACAACGUGUUCUCGUUUACACGUUUUAUAUUUGUUAUCGGAAUUUUGUUAUUGAUGAUUCUGAUUCUAAACGUAGAAGUGUAUUUAGACGCGAGCAAUGCCGAAGCGAAUUUGGAUAUUUUAUUGUUGACCUCUUGCGGUAUCUUAGCGAUAUGGAAAGUGGCAUGUUUUCGAAUUUAUUCGACGGCACUGAUUUUCAAUUUAGUCUCCGCUUUGAAAGACUACAACGAACUUGACGACAAUGGAAAACGAACGAUCAUGCGACGACAUGGUUACCUUGCCAGAGUAACGUUUGUGGGUCUAAUGUUUAGCUCCAAUUUCGGCUCGAUGAUCAUUACUAUUUUACCUGUAUUUUUAAAAAACGAGGAAGAAGUUAACGUGACCGUGGAAGAUGCGAUAAAUUAUCCCAUUCCUUCUGCGCACGUUAUAGAAAUGUUAAAAUUGCCAGGAAGUUUAAUAGUGAUAAUAUUCGUGAUGGAAUUCUUGAUGUUGGUGUCCACUAGUGCGGGAAAUCUUGGAUUCCAGUUUAUUCUCGCACUAGAAGUCCGGAACGUGAUGAUGGUCGUGAAAACGAUCGCUGUACUAAACGCGUUGAUGGUACAGCUGUUCGCGUACAGUUACGUGGGUGAUUACUUGAAGUGCCAAAUGAAUGAUAUUGGAUACUCCAUAUACGACUGUAGCUGGUACAAACUUCCGGCGAACGUGGCAAAGGACAUUAUUAUUACCAUACUGAAGACCCACGAACCGCAAAGAUAUUGCUUACGCGAUGACGCCGUUGAAAAUUCUGUCCUGGUGUACGGGGGUUUGGCCUCUCCAAAUUUACAACGCGUUCGCGUUUAUACGAUACAUCUUUUCUAUCGGCAUUUAUUAAUGAUCGCAAUCCUGAACGCGGAAGUCUAUUUCGAUAGAAGCAACGCCGAGGCGAAUCUGGAUGUUUUCAUGAUUACCGUGUGCGGUAUUUUAGCGGUGUCGAAAGUGACAUGUUUUCGAGUUUACUCGUCCAAGUUAAUUUUGAAUUUUUCCUCGGCCGUGAAAGAUUACAGCGAGCUCAACGACGAAGAGAAACGAACGAUCAUGCGACGACACGCUUACAUGAGCAGAAUAGCGUGCGCCAGUCUGAUAGGUGUCUCAAAUUUCUGUGCGGUGAUCUUCACUCUUUUGCCUGUACUGUUAAAAAACAACGCGGAGAAUAACGCGACCGAGAAAGUGAAGUACCCUUUUCCUUCUACGCACGUUGUAGCAAGGCUAAAGUUGCCAGACAGUCUGAACGCGAUAAUUUUCUUCACGGAAUAUUUAAUGUUGAUGAUAACCAGUGUUGGAAAUAUUGGCAGCGAUGGGUUUUUCUCUGGUAUCGUCUUUCAUCUGUGCGGUCAAGCGGAGAUACUGAAAAUGCAGUUUAGCAGAGUGGUCGAUGAAGGUAGAAGAACUGCGGAGAAUAUUCACUCGCUAAUCAAAAGGCACGAGUAUCUAUUGGAACUAAGCGGGAUGCUGAACGAAACGAUCAGUUCGGUCUUGGUCAUGCAACUAUUAGCUAGUUGUAUACUUAUUGCUACAUGCGGAUUCCAGUUCAUUUUAGCUCUUCACGAAGCAAAUAUUGUGAUGGUGAUAAAAACGUUCUUCAUACUGAGCACUUGGAUGAUACAACUAUUCGCGUACAGCUACGUGGGUAAUUACUUGAGGUACCAAAUGGACGACAUUGGAAACUCCGUGUACAAAUGCGAUUGGUACAGACUUCCAACAAACACGUCGAAAGGCAUUAUUUUUGUGAUACUGAAAGCUCGUCAACCGGUUCAUCUAAUGGCUGGGAAGUUCUUUGCCGUCAACCUGGAGAGUUUCAUGAGCAUUGUAAAGACCUCGAUAUCGUAUCUCUCUGUACUGCGCGUAAUGAUAAACGUGUAAUAACCUUCUCUGCCAUAAGAAUAAAUUUAUACUUAGCUUUAAAGCAA